AUGGCCAACAAGACUUUCGCCGGCGCAAUGCAGGGGCCUAGCGGCGGAGAGACGGAUACGCAAGCUUGGUGCAGCAGAGCCUCCCACAUGUUCACAUGCCAGAGAGUCGACGAGCUCUGCAACCAGCCGACACGUGCCGAGCGCGCGCCGGCUGCACCUUCCCUGCCACAGCUGCUCCGCCAAGCCUCCCCAUAG